AUGACCUACAACUCCAUAGUAAACAUGGACUACUCAAACGUAGCUUUGCAACUAACAAAGAAAAAUAUAAAAGGUUGGUAUUUCUAUUCCUUUUCAAGUGAACCAUUCGUUGUUUCUGCAGUUUCAACCUAUAUCCCUUUACUACUUGAAAGAUUUGCUAGAUCGAAUGGUGUCAAACUUGACAACCAUCUUCUACCUUGCACAUCUGUAUCAGACAAAUGUGUUUUACCGUUGUUCAAUAAAUAUUAUGUUGACACUUCAAGUUUUGCAUUAUACACAUUCUCAGUUAGUGUCCUUUUCCAAACCAUUGUUGUUGUAACAGUAUCUGGUAUUGUAGAUUUGUGGAACUCAGUUAGAUUGAAAGGUAUCGUGUUGGUCCUGUUUAGUAUUAUCGGUGCCAUUUCUACAAUAUUGAUUUCAAGAUUAGAGGAGUCUCAAAUAUAUUCUUUACCAUUGUUGUAUAUUUUGGCUAAUUCCUGUUUUGGUGUUAUCAAUGUUGUUGGUAAUUCUUUGUUACCAAUCUUUGUUAAUGAUUUAUGCAAAUAUUCCAACGGAAUUAGUCCUGACACUAGCGAAUCCAGUGUCGAAAAAUUGAAUAGUAUUAUUAGUGGACGUGGUGCAAGUUUAGGUUACUCAAGUGCUCUUCUCACUCAGAUUGUGUCUAUGUAUUUAGUUCAUAAGAGUAAAACUCAGCAGGAUAUUCAAGUUGCUGUGCUCUUUGUUGGUGUAUGGUGGUUGGUUUGGCAAGCACCUAUGUUAUGGUUGUUCAAUGACAUUCCACAAACUGAGGAAGAAACAGCAUCCAGACUUUCAAGAAGUAGGACAUAUUACAACAAUAAACGUAUUUGUUCUUUGACAUCGUUGGGAUAUGGAUGGAGGUCCUUAUGGAAUGCUUUUAAACAUGCAAGAUUGUUAAAGGAUGUUAUGAUUUUCUUGUUAGGAUGGUUCAUUAUCAGUGAUUCUGUCACCACUAUCAAUUCAACGGCAAUUUUAUUUGCAAAAACUGAGCUGGACAUGGUUACUUUGAAUUUGAUUACCAUCAGUAUUAUUACAAUGGUUGAUGCAAUGAUCGGUGCAUUCGUUAUACCCCAAUUUUUGGCCAAAAAAUUUAACUUAUUACCUGAUCAAAUUUUGGUUUACAUUAUUAUAUGGACCAGUUUUAUCCCAUUUUAUGGAAUCUUAGGGUUUUUCUUUGAAUCGAUUGGUCUAAAACAUAAAUUCGAAAUGUACAUGUUAGCUGUCUGGUACGGUUUAGCACUUGGUGGUCUUUCUGCAGUGUCUAGAUCUGUUUUUAGUUUAAUUAUUCCAAGAGGUAAAGAAUCUACUUUCUUUAGUAUGUUUAGUAUGACAGAUAAGGGAUCAUCCAUUAUUGGACCGUUCCUGAUUGGUUUGGUCACCGAUAAAACACAUGAAAUCAGAUAUGCGUUCUAUUUAUUAUUUGGAUUACUAAUGUUGGCUCUCCCUGUUAUGAAAUCACUUGACGUUUCUAGAGGAAGACGUGAGGCAGAGGAAUUGAUGGAUGUUAUCAGCAGUCGUGAGGUUAGUGUAGAACCACUCAGCUCAGCGGGUCAACAUGAGCAAAACGAUUGA